GUGGCGGGCUAUGGAAGCUUCAGUUUCUGGCGGUUUCUUUGUUUUUUGGGGUUUGGGGUGUUUGCUGCUCGCGCAGGCCCCCCCCCGCUAAUAUCCGUCGCCGCCCCUCUGUGACGUAAGCAGGCCCAGGGGAGGACGCCGGGACACCCGGAGGCCGGAAAUGCUGAGUAUGCGGGGCCGGACGUCCCGAGACCUGAGGAGGAGCUGGUGGAACCAGCCGGAUCUGGCUGUGGCGGGACCCGGGUCUGUCCGCUGCGACUCCGGGGUCUGGGACCCGAGUUCCCCUGGAGCAGCUCGGCCCUCGGUCCUCUCGGCCGCAGGGUGGGGCUGGGCCGGCAGCUGGGACUCCGGGAGUCCUGUCACGUCCCUGCGCAGUGACUGUCGCCCCAGAUCCCUCUCUGGGCAGCUCCGCGUCUCCCCAGAUUGUGCGGGGGCCACGGGAGGAUCAUGGGGGGUUCCCGCCUCCGGCCUGGGGUUCCUGUGAGAGAAGCCAUGGUCUGUGGGCUCCCCAGUCCCGCCUUUCCCCCCGCAGGCGGCCCCCGCUUCUCCCUGAGUCUUCCAAAAGGUGUGCGAAGCCAGGCCUCCGCGACCCGGUCCCCCAGCCUCGCUCCCCCUUGGGCUGGCGGUAAAUCUUGUAAUAAACGUUUCCCUCCGCGCGUACUCUAACGCCAGCGUCUCCACUGCAAUCCACAUGGUUCUCAACUGUUAGUCCCUUUGUUGUACGUUUCAAACCGACGUGGCAUUUAAGUGAUCAUUGUUCCACAGAGCAGUGGCUGACUCUUUUAGGAAGAUUUCUUUUCUGUCUGUCACCUUUUCACAUGUAAGGAAAGGAAAGGAAAACCAUAUGAAACGCCUCUGUUUAAAAAAGCCUUUGUGCCGCUACUUUUAUCUUAGACACCUCAUCAGACUGCCUUUGGGUUGAGGUUCCUGUCACACGUGUCCGUAUAGAAGACACCUAAUCAGGCUUUGUGUGAGCAACAAGGCUGUUAAUUCACUUGGGUGCAAGUGGGCUGAGUCCGAAAAGAGAGUCAGUGAAGAGAGACAGGAGAGGGGCAGCUUUAUAGGGCUUGGGUAGGCAUGGAAAGUUACAGUUAAAGGUGGUUAUCCUCAGCAGAGGAGGGGGUCAAAAGGUGCAUGGUGGAGAGAUGAUGGGACUCUGUCCAGGAGAAGAAUGUCACAGGGUCGAUUGAUCAGUUGGGGCAGAGCAGGAACAAGUCAUAAUGGUGGAAUGUCGUAAGGUGGGUUAAUUAGUUAAGGCAGGAACUGGCUGUUUCACUUCUUUGUGGUUUUUCGGCUGCUCCAGACUUCUUGGCUCCUGCAGGCCACCUGGACGGAUACGUGCAGGUCACAGGGGUUACAAUGGCUAAGCUUCAGCUCAGAGGCCUGACAUUUUUGUCUUUUUAUUUAUAAAAUAUGAAGUUAUAGGAAAAGAUUAAAAAAAAGUGAAAGAAAUGGGAAGAUGAGAACAUUGAAGAUCUGUACCAAAAUCCUGGGAGAAAUUUAAGAAAUCAUAUGGUAGAGAGACCCUGUGAAAAUAAAGAAGGUAGUCAAUGUGGAGAAGUCUUCAGCCAGAUUCCAGGUCACAAUCUGAAUAAGAAAACGCCUCCUGGAGUAAAGCCACCUGAAAGCCGUGUGUGUGGAGAGGUCGGCGUGGGCUAUUCAUCCACUGAAAGGCACAUCAGAGAUCGCCUCGGAUGCAAACCCUGUGAAUAUCAGGAAUGUAGACAGAAGGCAUAUACAUGUAAGCCAUGUGGGAAUGCCUUUCAUUUUCACCACUCCUUUCAAAUACACGAAAGGCCUCACAGUGGAGAAAACCUCUAUGAAUGUUAGGAAUUUCAGAAAACAUUCACUUCCCCCCCAAACCUUCAAAGACGUGAAAAUGCAUAGUGGAGAUGGACCUUACAAAUGCAAGGCACAGCCUCCAUGCAGAGAGCCAAUCACUCCACAGUGAUCCAAUUCAUCCUCGUCGGCUUCUCUGCCUUCCCCCACCUCCAGAUGAUGCUCUUCCUGCUGUUCCUGCUGAUGUACCUGUUCACGCUGCUGGGCAACCUGCUCAUCAUGGCCACCGUCUGGAGCGAGCGCAGCCUCCACACGCCCAUGUACCUCUUCCUGUGCACCCUCUCCGUCUCCGAGAUCCUCUACACCGUGGCCAUGAUCCCGCGCAUGCUGGCUGACCUGCUGUCCACCCAGCGCUCCAUCGCCUUCCUGGCCUGUGCCAGUCAGAUAUUCUUCUCCUUCAGCUUCGGCUUCACCCACUCCUUCCUGCUCACCGUCAUGGGCUACGACCGCUACGUGGCCAUCUGCCACCCCCUGCGCUACAACGUGCUCAUGAGCCCGCGGGGCUGCGCCUGCCUGGUGGGCUGCUCCUGGGCUGGUGGCUCGGUCAUGGGGAUGGUGGUGACCUCGGCCAUUUUCCACCUCACCUUCUGUGGACCCAAUGAGAUCCACCAUUUCUUCUGCCACCUGCCACCUCUGUUGAAGUUGGCCUGUGGAGACGAUGUGCUGGUGGUGGCCAAAGGCGUGGGCUUGGUGUGUAUCAUGGCCCUGCUGGGCUGUUUUCUCCUCAUCCUCCUCUCCUAUGCCUUCAUCGUGGCCGCCAUCUUGAAGAUCCCUUCUGCUGAAGGUCGGAACAAGACCUUCUCCACCUGUGCCUCUCACCUCACUGUGGUGGUCGUGCACUAUGGCUUUGCCUCUGUCAUUUACCUGAAGCCCAAAGGUCCCCAGUCUCUGGAAGGAGACACCUUGAUGGGCAUCACCUACACGGUCCUCACGCCCUUCCUCAGCCCCAUCAUCUUCAGCCUCAGGAACAAGGAGCUGAAGGUCGCCAUGAAGAAGACCUUCUUUGGUAAACUCUACCCAGAAAAAAAUGUAACGAUGUAGGAGAAAUUCAAUGGGCACAACUAAAUUGGAUUACCG